AUGCUGGCAAUCGACGAAGCUCGUCGUGACGGCGCAGUCGUAGAAGAUACCUUGAAGAACUACAUAUCCGGUGGUCUUUUGCCGUUGAGGCGGAAUCAUGAGAUGGACACGAAAUACUGUAGUUUUGAAUUUGCAGCCAAACUGUGGCUGAUGAAUGGUUUGGACAUACCAUCUUUGCCAACUUCUUUGGAAGCUUCUUUGUCAAGACGGUUCUUGUGUACUUUCAUGCGAAACACACUCACGUUUGACAAGACUGCCGCCAACGUGUCCCAAUGCGUCUUUCCGUGUGAUCCCGAAGCGAAAACAUUUUGCUCCUCGCCAGCAGCUGUCUGGUCGUUUUACAACGACUGGUUGCUUCCAUUCAUGGACAAACAUGACCCAACUGCAUGCCAAAAGCUACUCACGGAGAUCUCGCCAGAGAGCCAAGUAGCAAAGGACAAACAGUGGCUGUUGCAGAGGAUGGCGCGGCAAACUACAGCAGAGACGCCAGAUGGAGAUGAACCCUCUGAGACGGUGCCUGCUCAGAUGUCGGAUCUCGGUCAAGCUGAAGCAAUCGUGAGAGAGACUCAUGCUGCACUCACCACACCUUUUGUAGCUCAACAUCAAAUCAAUCGACUCUUGACCAAGACCAAUCCUGGUGUGUCGUCUCGCCCGAAGAGCGGUAUCAAACGAACUCGAUCGGAGCAUCUGCAAGAUGCUUGCAAACAAUGGCCUCAUUUAGUGCGCGAGCUGAAGGUGCAAGCCGGGAAGCCUGCAAAAUUUCAACGGAGAAUGCUGGAUCUUGGUCACAUGCAAUCCGUGUUACAGGGUCUCUGCUCCACACAGGACGAGAUUCUGCGUGUUUUUGGCGCAUGGGAUGAUUGGCAGUGGGAGGAGGAACCAUCUGGCGAAGCUACGUGGGAUGACGCCUGUGAAGGCGGCGCUCCUGAAGGUUUCCCAUGGGCCGACGAUCUUUGGGACUGCAACUGCUGCUUAGACAUGGCCAAGUUGGAAGAGUAUGUUCAAGAUGGCAGAGAUGCGCGGCAAGAUCAGUUGGAGCAAUUUUUGGAAGUCGCCCGAUCCCACGGGCAAGCUGCAGAUGCAGGACUUACAGUUCUCAAACAUGUGCUUCGUCCACUGGGCAAUGGCAACCGAGAGAGACAAUGGUUGCAGGCAGCCGCUACGUUGAUGCGAGCAUGGAUUGCUGCGACGCCUGCAGAGGAAAAGUUUUUGCAAACUCGAAAUGACAUUGACAUGGUCUUGGUCUUGACAGGCACAGGGCCGCAAUACUGGCUGAAGAUACAAACAGUGAACUGCAAGCUCACACGUCGCCGCUUGAUGGAAGCGGUUUGGUCUCUGCCGGAAUUGUGCAAUUUUCGCAAACAGCUGAUCGAUUCCAACUCGCAAAGAGAUGAGUGGCUGAUCUUAUCACAUGAUGCGACAUUCAAAUCUCUCUUCACUUUUCUCGGUCAAGAGAAGAUGAAUCAGCAGGAAGAUGAGUUCCAUGCGCUGCAUUCCGUGCUCGGCAUCACUGGUGCACUCGCAGGUUUGUCUCUGCAGUCUUCGGAAGGGCCCGACAGUUUCAGCAGUGCCAUGUGUGACAUUCUGCCUCUUUCUGCCCGACAAAAGACACGAUGGAUUUUUACAGAUACCCCGUCUACAAUUGCAAAGGCAGCUACCUGUUUGCCUCAUUUGCUGGGGAUCGCCGAGGACCCGUUACAUCUCGUCCUGCGAAUUGAGGGAUGUUUCGGCGAGAAAAGAACAAAACUAUCCAGCUUACUUUUGCGAUUACAAAAGAAAUUUACCGUUGCCUUCAAUGGUUCAAUCUAUGCUGGCGAGAAACCAGCAGCUGGAGAUGAAGGAUCUUGGCCAGCAGAUCAAGCACGGCGUCACGCAGCAGACAGGGAUUUGGACGCAUAUUGCGCGCAGCCUUAUGAGCAGCACCAACAAUAUAUCAAUGACAUCUUCGAUCUUACUUUGGACUAUGCUCAAGACAUGAACCGCAAGAACUCGAAAGGAAAGUCGGCAAAGCAAAUUCUGAUCGCAGGAUGCGCCUACCAGCACUUCAGAUAUUUGCAGAACGGAAGCUGCGCAAUCUUUACUUUGUCUUCUGAACACAAAAGAUUGCUGUCCAUGGGUACCACAGCCAACGAAGCUUUACACGCGCAGUUCAAUGUGUGUCAGAGACCCGUGGUGCAACAACAUGUUGAGAGCAUGGAUGUAGUCCUUCGCAGCUUCUCUCUGGGCAAGCUGCUGUCCCAUCACAGCGCCGCCUUUUCUCCAACUCUCGCGCAACGUUCGCAAGGUCAGAUUCUCUCUCUACUGGAAGGAAAACUCCAACAAUCCAACUAUCAUUUCCUUGCCCCUUUUGGGGCGAAUAUCCCGGCCGCGCUUGCUCACAGACGGCAGCUGCGUCAGCCUGUGCAUCGCCAUGACACCGAUGCCGCAGUCGCUGCGCGGAUGAAGUCUGCGGAACGACGCUUUCCGAUCACGGUAGGGCGAAAGAAGUUGGUGGGCGACACUCCUUUGGGUCGACACUUUUUCCCUCAUAUAUCUUUACCAGCUCUGACUCGCAAAGCGCGUCAAGCGAUUUGUCCGAACCACUCUGUGGAGUUUGAUCAGAUGAACGCGGUGCCCAACAUCAUGGUCUUGCUCGCUGGCAAAGCUAACAUUUUGACUCCGUGUUUGCAACGGUAUUGUGCGCAUCGGAAUGCCUGGCGAGAAGCCGUGGCGCAGUAUUACAACACAGAUGAAGAAGCCGCAAAGACCCUCUUGCUCAAAGCCACAUUUGGAUUUGCGUUGCCACUGAAAGAACAUCCCGCAGCCGGAGUGCUGCCGUUGCUGGAAGGCAUUGCGGUGGAGUCCCGCACUCUGCGAGAGUUUCUCUGCGCCGCCAAUGCUCCAGUUAUGGCCCAGAUGGUUGCUGCGAAGCGACCGCGUCCAGCCACAUCAACACUAGCAUUUAUGGUUUUCGAAGAGGAAGACCGUGCCACGCAGACACUUGUUAACCUACUUGAAGAGUAUGGUUGGCGCCUAGUGUGUCCAGUGUUUGAUGCAGUAGUAGCAGUUCCCGGACCGGACGCAGUGCCGGGUACUGACCAAGCUGUAGCUCAAGCGUUCCAUGCAGCCACAGGCCUGCAGCUUCAGCUUAAGAACAUCUCCUGA